UCCUCUUUUCCCCCAAUUAUUUUCUGGUUAGUCAUGAGUAGUGAUAGUAAUGAAAAGCCUUUUUCUUCUUCCAAAUGUAUGCUGUUGAAACCCGAAAAGAUGGGUUUCUUUCAACUCUUUAUGGUCUUGUUUGGAACAGACUUAAACGAAAUAGACUUUGUGCACUACCUUGAUUUUAUUGUGGAGCCAAGGUUCUACCCAAAGUGGCUUAUAUUUCUAUCGCUCUUAAUACAAAAGGUUCUACACUCCAUGGCUUAUUUAUUACAAUGUAUUGGCGAUAUCGUUGAGUCACUUUUGAACCCGCAAGCUUCAUCCAACGACAAUUUCUUCAUGCUUGUAUUUAACUGUCUCAGAGGUAAGCAGAUACUGGAUAAAAAUUCUGCAAAUUAUAUCUCAUUCAUUGGUCAUUUGGACAAGCGAGUGGGCUUGUUAGAUAAUGGCAUCAAACGUGAAGACCCCAACAAGUACAAUGCUGCUUUGUCUAUGAUGGCUUCUAAAGUAUCGUACGAGAAUCAAGCUAACGUUCAUGCUAUUGUCGUAGAUCAAUGGAAGAUGGAGCUGCUUGAAUGUGGUGACUACUGGAAUGACUAUCAAGAAAAAGCUACAACUCAGGCUUUCGUUAUGUUAGACAAAAGUGAAGACCAAGAUAACUAUGUUGUAGCUUUCAGAGGAACCGAACCCUUUGAUGCUGAUGCAUGGUCCACUGAUAUAGACAUUUCAUGGUUUGAAAUUCCUGGUGUAGGAAGAACCCAUGCUGGCUUCAUGAAAGCCCUAGGGUUACUGUUAGACUUCAAUAAAGAAGAGUUGAGAUGGCCUAAAGAAAUUGAAACCGAUGAGAACCGUCCACGUGUCUAUUACUCCAUAAGGGAUUUGCUAAAGAAGUGUUUGAAUAGAAAUGAUAAAGCAAAGUUUAUUCUUACGGGUCAUAGUCUUGGUGGAGCACUUGCAAUUCUUUUUCCCGCUAUGCUAAUUUUGCAUGCUGAGACAUUUCUUUUGGAAAGGCUUGAAGGGGUGUACACAUUUGGACAGCCUAGGGUUGGAGAUGAAACAUUUGCUAAAUACAUGGAAAAUCAAUUGAAACAUUAUGGCAUUAAGUAUUUUAGGUUUGUUUACUGCAACGAUAUUGUUCCUAGGUUGCCCUUUGAUGAAGAUAUCAUGAAAUUUGAGCAUUUUGGGACAUGUCUUUAUUAUGACAGGAGCUAUACAUGCAAGAAAGUGCAAGAGGAGCCAAAUAAGAACUACUUCUCGUGGAAAGCUUUGAUACCGAAGAAGGUGAAUGCUUUCUGGGAGCUUGUAAGGAGUUUCACUAUUGUGCGUAAAUAUGGACCUGAGUAUCAAGAAGGAUGGCUUCUAAGAUUUAUUAGGCUUGUGGGCAUAGUACUUCUUGCUGGAUUACCAGCUCAUUCUCCCCAGGAUUAUGUUAAUGUGACCCGAUUGGGGCUUCCCUCACUAGAUUUGGAUUAAUUGGAAUAUCCUUGUUGCCACUGAUAGGAGCAAUAGCUACAGGAAAGGCAACAUUCUUAAAGCCUUCAGAGUUGUCUCCAACAUAUUCUUCUCUACUUGCUUCUAAUCUCUCCACUUAUUUGGAUAAUAAAGCCAUUAAGAUCAUCCAAGGAGGGCCACAAGAAACCCAACAACUUCUAGAGCAAAGAUGGGACAAAAUAUUCUUGACAAGUAUAAUUAAUGUCUAUUUUCAAUACCUCUCGAAUAUUUAAUGAUGUUCAUAAAAUUGGAGAUUAAGAGUGUUUGAUGUUUCUUUGUUACUUUGCAAGUUGGCUCAUUAUAAAAUCAGACAAAAUAUUAUUAUUAUUUUUUUUUGCAAAAAA